GGGGACAGAUGACAACAUAUGAAAUGUCACUACAGUCAAAACACUGCAUUGCAAACUACCAUACCAUGUUCUCAUGUUUCUUGAAAAUGCGAAUACAGGUGUUUAAAGUAUGACUCAUCUUUUGGGCCGCCAGGACUGUGUUGACAGUCUUCGUAGAGAUUUAAUUGAUCUUCAGGGUGCCGUUCUAGACGUUUUCUCUCGAACAGGACCUGUCAGAUGUCCAUCCUGGAAAUUCCCAGAUAAACAGUCUUGUAAUCUGGACCUUGUUUUGCUGUUGGAAAAAUAUGACUUCGUUGAGGGAGAAGAAGAAUUCAACCAGCACACUCACAUAGUUUUGCUGGAGCUGGUGAUUGACAGACUGAUGCUUCUGCUGCAAAGCUUCAGCGCACACAUAGACCUCAUUUUGGGGGGUCAAAGGAAAAACCCAGGCCCCAAUCAGACCGCUCCCUCAGUGUCCAUUGGUCCAGUGGUAAAACACUUCUGGAGUAAUCUAGUGCAACUGGGAAAACAGUAUCCACGGCAGAAUGUGUUCAAACCCAGUCCAGCAGACAGAGGCGCUCAGAGCCAGCUGCACAGCACCUCCUCCCUUCAGAGCAGCGGGAGUAUAGCCACCCAGCCCUCCUCCUCCUCACACAGCCUCUCUAGAGCUCCCCACAGCCACCUCCGACCCAGAGCAGCACCUGGCAGCACCUCCUCCUCCUCCUCUCACCUCCGCCAGUCCCUCCCCCACCUCCUCAGCUCCUCCUCCUCCUCCACCCUCCUCAGCCAAUCAGCAUCCAGCUCUCUCUGGCCCACCACGCCCCCCAGCAUCCCGCCCAGUCCUGGCAUCUCGUCCGACUGGCACAGCGUGGGCGUCCAGACGGCCGAGUCGUCCCUGGUGCCGUGCGACGCGUGCGCCAGCGUGCAGGCCAGUCUGCGGGAGUCCGGCGCUGCGCUGGUCAGUCUGUGCGGGACGCUCGGCUUGCCCUGCUCCCUGCAGCAACUCCUGGUGGUGGCGGAGGACUCGGCGCUGGCCGGUCGGCUGUCGGCCUGUGACGUGGCCCAGUGGGCGUCCCAGCAGCGCAGGGACUUGGGGCGUCUGGCCAAUCACCAUCAGGAGUCCAGGGCAGCGAUGGACGCCCUCCGAGAGCAGGUCAGGACGGCAGAGAAGGAGAGAGGGGCGCUAAGGACACAGAUGGACAGAGAGAAGGAGGAGAAGAGGAGGAUGGAGGAGGAGAGGAAGAGGCAAGAGGAGGGGCGGGAGAGAAGGCUGAGGGAGGAGAGGAGAGAGGGAGAGGAGGAGGUGAAGAGACUACAGCAGGAGCUGGAGGAACUUAGGAAAGGUGUCGUUUCAAUGGAGUGCAAGAACAAAGAUCUGAGUUCUGAACUGAGUUUGCAGAGGGAGGCCCUACGCACCCUAGAGUAUGAGAGGGAUGCUCUACAGGAGGAAGUGAGGCGUCUGCAGACACAGGAAGUGACAUGGGCCCAGGUGGAAGAGAGGAGGCAGGACUUGGAGGCAGAGCUUAGCAACCUUCACUUGCUAUUGGACAAGGAAUGUGCCAAGUAUCAAAGUGCAACUCGUCAACAUGAGUCUCUACAGAUGAAACAAAGGGCUCUUCUGGAGCGUGUGGAUGCUCUGGUCUCAGAGUGUGAGGAGCUUCAGACUCGACUGGAGGAGAAAGAGGAACACACACACACACACACCUCUGAGGAGAGAGACACACUGCGGCAGGAACUCACAACCCAGCAGGCUGUGUGUGUGUCUCUGCAGGAGGAGCGGGGGCAUCUGGCGUGCCGCGUGUGUGUGUGUGUGUGUGUACAGGCUGUGUGUGUGUCUCUGCAGGAGGAGCGGGGGCAUCUGGCGUGCCGCGUGUGUGUGUGUGUGUGUGUACAGGCUGUGUGUGUGUCUCUGCAGGAGGAGCGGGGGCAUCUGGCGUGCUGCGUGUGUGUGUGUGUGUGUGUACAGGCUGUGUGUGUGUCUCUGCAGGAGGAGCGGGGGCAUCUGGCGUGCCGCGUGGCUGAGCUGGAGAGCAGCGUUGGGGGUCUGAGGGCCGAGCUGGACCAGGCUGCCCACAGGGAGAGGAUGCUGGUGGCCUUCCCCGAGCUCACUCCCAUCCCACAGGGGGUGCCACAGAGUACGGGCGAUGUUCUGGGGGACAUGGAGCAGCAGCUGCAGGUGAACCGUCUGCGGAUCAGCGUCCUGGAGCAGGAGAACGCCACGCUGACCAGCAGCCUGGACAAGCUGAGGGCCACGAGGAGACUCAGAGCUGCUAACCAGCCUGCAUCGUGUCCGAGUGUGUGUGACUCAUCUAAACACCUGCAGCAGGCGUAUCCAGCUAAUGCUGCCCACAGUGCACAUUACAGCCAUCAGCCAUCACACUGCAGCAUGACUGAGGGUUCACAAAGUGUUGGUAUGAAGGAAUGCAACAGUUUGCACACAGAACCCACAACAUCCCCGACACUCGUGGCGUGGCAGACCCAGGCGGGUGCAUCAGAGGAGGCGCGACGGCGGGCGGUGGAGGACAUGGGCCCAUGGGAGCAGCCCCCGCCCCUCUCCCUGCACCUCCUCUCUCCCUCCUCCCUCUCCUCCUCCUCCUCUCCUCCCUCCAUCCUCCAUCAGCACACCCUCCAUCUGUCCCUCCCUCCGGAGCCCGUCGACGCCGAACUGACCGCCGAACUGACCGCUGAACUGACCUACGCCAAGACCCGCCAGGCCCCCCGCGCUCGCUCUGCAGGAAGCCGACACAGGAGGAAGUGAUGUCACGGCUGUGCAACUACUCCCAACGAGUCACGUUCUCUACAAACAGAUCAAAACAUUGGGGAUGUGGCUUGAAAUUGGAGCAAUUAGAUUUUUUUGUUGCUCUCUCCCUCUCUCUCUUUUUCUCUCUCUCUCUCUGUUUCUCUCUGUUUCUCUCUCCCUCUCUCUCUCUUAUCCUCUCUAUCUCUCUCUGUUUCUCUCUCUCUCUGUCUCUCUCUCUCUAUAUAUAUAUAUUGUGUAUGUGUUUUGUUUUCACAGCAGACUGUAUAUCCAGUGGGUGCCUUCUGUUUGUUUUGCAAUCUUGUUUUGGCGGAAUUGGACCACAAUUCACAGGUUGUGAUACCAUGACACAAACAACAACUGUUUGGAAGGCUACUGUACUGUCAAUUGAUUAUCUUUCUGUACGUUAUGAGUGCUGAAAUUGUGUUUGUCUAAGAUGCCCAUCAUGAUAAUGGAAGUUGUCAUUGAAAACAUGUUUCCAAGUGUUAAUAAUAAAAUAGCCCUGAUUGUA